GCGCAUCAUACUCCCAACAACAAACAUAUAAGUAACCGGAGAUCCUCUGGUAAAUGAAGUUCUCUUAAUCAGAAUCAGAAUCAGAAUACUCUCUCAAUUACAUUUCCAAUCAACCAACUUCAAUCCCAUCUCGACCAAAACAAUUUCCUAUACUACUUCACACAAAAUGUCCGACCAGACCUUCCACACCACCACUCAGGAUAUUCGCAAGCCUGAAUCCAAGAUCUCCCAAGCCUACCAGGGAAAUACCCCUAAGAACUCGGAUGUCUCGGCUAUGAAGUCCCUCCUCGGCGAGAACACCGAUAAGAAGCAGCAGAUUGAACAGACCAAGUCCAACCUGCCUCUACCUGAUCAGCCACCAGUCGCUAGCGACUGGAACUCCUUAGACCAGAGGACCGUCAACGUUGGCUCUGGCCGCCACGAGGGACCUGUGUCUGGAGAGGGCAACAGCGCUCUGAGAGAGCCCGCAACCGCUAGCAGCAGUGUCCGUGUAGAUGGAGCAGAGUUGCACAAGCAAACUCAGCCUCUGGGCAAUGUUGGGCGCCAGGGGAAGGACAAUCUGAGUGAUCUUCCCAAGGAUGCUCUGGCACGGUAAUUUAUGAUUUUAGGAGUUUGAUGGAUACCGGACGUGGUCUAUGGGCUUUAUACAUCAUGAGCGCAAUUAUCUUUGUAUUUUAGUAGCUAUUCAUGCAUAACAACACAUGAAAAGUAUUUACUCGGAUGAA